AUGUGCAAGAAACACCUAGAGCCUUUGAAAUUCUACUGCAAAGAGGAUCAGAUUCCCAUCUGCGUGGUGUGUGAAAGAUCCAUGGCUCACCGAGCUCACAUGGUGGUUCCUAUGGAGGAGGCUGUCCAGGAGCACAGGGAAACAAUAACAGAACAGCUGAGGGCAAUUGAGUCCAACUUUGAGAAACUGCACCUGUUUGUGAACCAGGUCUGGAAACACUUUCCUCAGCGUGCACAAAAGGAGGAGCAUCAGCGUCUGAAGACACUAAUUGAGAAAGUAGCAACACUUUUCAAGGUGGAAGUAAAGAGCAGCAAGCAAAGGUUUGAAGAUCGUGCUUCUCAGACACAGCCACCUGAACCUGAAGUGACAAGCUUCUCCCCUGGAAGGGAAAUUGCUGUGGAGACAGAGUUACAGGGACACAAAGAGAGAGAAAAAGUCAGUGAGGAAGUGUCUGAGAAACAAGAGGAGAUGGCAAGUCAUGUUAUUUCUUUCUGUGAAGAGGCUCUUACUCCUAAAUAUGGACUCGACCAUGCAUCCCUAGAUCCGACAAUUCACAUGAUCAGUAACACCACAGAGGAUGCUGAGCACAAGGUGGAUGUGAUGGCCCCCAGGGGCAGGUUUAAAGAAUCAAUGUCUCCAAACCCGUCACUGGACUCUGGAGGGAAAAGAAAGUACAGCAUCUCUCCUGGAGCAAAGGUGGCUGCGCAGCCUGAGUUUCGGGGGUGUGAAGAGAAAGGAGGGGAAGUGUCUACAAAAGGGAAAGAGGCUGCAACUCACAAACACAUGGUUCGCAGAGACAGUCACUUUCUUUCUCCCAUAGAAGAAUACAAGCAGAUGGUGAAAUGUCUCCAGGUCAGCAGGUAG